CACGGGCGUGCGUGAUAGUCAGGUCUAUCGUUUCAUGUACACAAAAAAACAACGAAAACAAAUACUUCUUAUCAUUAAAGUUGGUAGCAUUAAUCACGGCUCCGAUUUAGACCAAUGAUGUGAUACCGCCACGCGGAGCCCGCACUAAUCCCAAUCCAAUAUGAGCUACGGCGACCAGAGCAGCCGGAGGAACCAGGAGCAGCGAGGUGCUGGAGAUCCCUCAAAGGAGAGGGAGAAGAAGGGUUGGUUCCACUCUCUGACCAGGCACAAAAAGUCCAACUCGUCGCUGGCGAUCUCCUCCAGCAGCAGUGGCGGCCAAAACAACAACAACGAGGUGUGCGUCCUUGAGGCAUCUGCCAUGGACUCCUCCAUGGCCAGCUGCAGCAACGGGUCAGGGACAUUGGGCGCGGGGGGCACGCUGCGCAGGAGACGUGAGAAGCGGGACAGGAACGUGUUCGCACGACUGCGCCGGAAGGUGGGCCAGGGCCUCAGCUCGCUCCGCAACUGGCACUCCAUGGGUGACAACGACUGCGAUGGUGGUACCACGGACGCCACCUAUGAAUUCCUCACACCACCCAUCCGCAGCGAACCCACGCUGCCGUUCACCCAUGACUACUUGCGAUUUAUCCGGAAGAAGUGGCUGGAACGCGAGGACGCCCACUGCCCCAACCAGGUCAUGUUCAAGGCCUGUUCGGAGAUGCUCAACCAAGUCUGGUACUGGGGUGAGAUCUCCAGGCGCGACUCACAGCGCCAGCUGAGUGACAAGCCGACGGGCUCUUUCCUUGUUCGCGACUCGGAAACGAGUGGAUCCCAGUUUACCCUUAGCUUCCGGAUUGUGAAUGUGACUCUACACUAUCGGCUAGAGUUCCGCGACGAUUUCUGGCACUUCGAGGAACUAAAGUACGAGUCCAUUGUGGAUAUGAUAGAGGACAUCCUGCACCGCUGCACCAACGACAACUUUGUAUGCUUCGUAAAGGUACCCAACGAGAUGCAACCGCCGUUCCCGGUGAUUCUCAAGUACCCGUUGAGUCGAUACGCGCAAAUGCCCAAGCUGCAAGAUCUAUGCCGCCGAGUGCUGCAGCGGCAGAUGACUCGCGAGCAGCUGGCCCAUCUGCCGGUUCCGGCCCAAAUGCUGGAGUAUUUGUCAGUGGAGCGGGAAUUGGUCUUCCAGAGUUAAACAACGCCUAUUGCCCGAGUCCCGCUGCGGAGCAUCCGCUGGUCAAAGCUUUAAUAAGGAAGUAAUCGUAAGCACGUACACCAAAGAGGUCCCUGUUGAUAUUUGUUAGACUACGGGCCCUGCCAAAGUGUGGCCAUAAGUAUGUUUUCGAUGCCCCAGUAACUAAACGCACAGUUUCUCACCACGUACUCGCCUAUGUGUACGUUUUUACUGUAUUCUAUCGCUAAGUACCAUUAGUACUAGUUUUUUGUCUAGGAUGAAUAACUGUUAUUAUUAGCCAGAGUUGACCGCUGGCCCUUGGCGUGUUUUCCAAAGGCACUGGUCAAGUCUAUAUCCUUAAAUUUUUUGUAAAAAAUCAAAGUAUUGCAUAUAUGUACUAACGCUAGUCCUAAGCCAGAUGUAUUGUACGACUAUUUACGUUGUUCGCAUUUUGUAUUCCUAACUUGAACACUAACUUUUGCUAACCUAGAUUGCAUGAAAUUACGCAGCUUUACGGCAAACGAAACUGUUCAAUGCCAAUUACUCUUGUUGCAAUGUGUAUGUAUUUUAUUUAAAUUUAUCUCAAAAUAUUUUACAAUAAAAUACGAGGGUCGUUCAAUAGGUAUUUUACCUAAACUAUA